AACGGCCGCAGAUCACAAGCUUCCCUUCCUGGGGCAUAGCCAAGCUUCAUCGGUGGCAUUACAUCGAUGACAGCCUCAAUAUCCAUCAUCCAGCAGACAAUGCCAUGAUCGAGGAGUCAAUCGAGGGAAGCGACCUGUACGACGCGCCGCCGCAGCCGCAACGCCGCAGCAGGCGCACCAGCGUCCCCCUCAACGAUCCACCUGAUUCCGGCGACGACCCGGCUGCUUUUCAGGACGGUCUUCAGGGCAAAGAUAGUCCCAAGCAUCGGAGUGGCUUCGCGAAGGUGGACGAGCUCGUGGAGACGAUCCACAAGCGCUUCGACUCUCUCGAGAAGACCAAUGAGAGCUUCGUUACUCAGAUAAACCAACACCCGGGUAAGCACCAGAAAGACCUCGCCUCGCUCCUCGCCUUGCUCCUCGCGCAGGUUAACAGCAUCCAAAGCAGCCGCGAGCAAUCCCACCGCCGCGGGCACAAGGAGUCAGCCGACGCCCAACCGCGCGCGUCGAACUCUCGGCUGCGGGGGCGCUAG